AUGGCUGUGCACGACCCCAGAGUGACACUAAUAGUAAACAGAUGGAGACAGCUGAGCAGGAACCUGCUGCUCCUGGUGCAUUACAGCUCAGUGUUCGCGGCCUUCGCGGGCCGCUCUGGGCGGUGGAUGGUGGAGGCGGUGCGCUGGCUCUGCAUCUUCACCCGCUUCACAGCCUCAGUGUUUGACUCUCUGCACAGCCUCCUGACCUGGGAGAGAGGUAGACCAAUUGGACAGGAGGUCAGGUGUCUUGAGGGAGCUGCAGCAGAUAUGGGAAACUCAAACGGCUGCACAGUGGACGACCUGCAGGCCGUGGAAAUGCACUUGUGGUACAAGAAGUUCAUGACGGAGUGCCCCUCGGGACAGCUCACUCUGCACGAGUUCAAACAGUUCUUUGGACUGCGGGGUCUGGACCCAGAAGCCAAUGCCUACAUUGAACAGAUGUUUCGCACAUUUGAUAUGAAUAAGGAUGGAUACAUAGAUUUCAUGGAGUAUGUGGCAGCUCUAAGUCUGGUGAUGCGUGGAAAGAUGGAGCACAAGCUGCGCUGGUAUUUUAAACUGUAUGAUGUGGACGGCAAUGGAUGCAUUGAUCGACAUGAGCUUCUCAAUAUCAUUAAGGCAAUUCGAGCAAUUAAUGGAAAUGAAAAUCAGGAGUCUACAGCAGAGGAAUUCACCAACAAAGUGUUUGACAGGAUCGACAUCAAUGGAGAUGGGGAACUGUCAUUGGAUGAGUUUGUGGCUGGGGCUCGGAGUGAUGAAGAUUUCAUGGAGGUGAUGAUGAAGAGUUUGGAUCUCACUCACAUUGUGGCGAUGAUCCACAACCGACGGCACAGCAUUUAG